AUGCCUGGCCCCGGCCUACUCCCUGACGGCUGGUUCCGCGAGGAAAAUGACCAGUGGCCUGGGCAGGCCAUGUCCUUCAAGGUGGAGAAGGUCCUAUACGACGCCCCGACGAAGUUCCAGCACCUGACGAUCUUUGAGAGCGACCCAAAGGGUCCGUGGGGCACCAUCAUGACGCUCGACGGCUGCGUCCAGGUGACGGACCACGACGAGUUUGUCUACCACGAGGUGCUUGGCCACACCUCCCUCUGCUCCCACCCAAACCCGGAACGUGUGCUCAUCAUCGGAGGCGGCGACGGUGGUGUGAUGCGGGAGGUGCUGCGCCACAGCACCGUGAAGCACUGCGAGCUCGUCGACAUUGACGGGGACGUCAUGGAGCAGAGCAAGCAACACUUUCCGCAGAUCGCCUGCUCGCUGACAGAUCCCCGGGCGACGGUUCGCGUGGGCGAUGGCCUGGCGUUUGCAAAGCAGGCCGCGGACAACACGUACGACGUGGUUAUCAUUGACACCACCGACCCCGCUGGGCCCGCGUCGGAGCUCUUCGGGGAGGAGUUCUACAGGCAUGUGCUACGCAUCCUGAAGCCGGACGGCUUAUGCUGCAAUCAGGGAGAAUGCAUCUGGCUGGACCUUCCGCUUAUUGAAGGGAUGUCUCGCUUCAUCCGGCGGGCAGGAUUCGCGUCAGUGAAGUAUGCGCUGAUGCACAUACCCACAUAUCCCUGUGGCUCCAUUGGAACGCUUGUCUGCACGAAGAAGGCUGGCGUCGAUGUGACAAAACCGCUGCGUCCCGUUGAGGAGAUGCCGUUUGCGAAAGAGCUGAAGUACUACCACUCUGAAAUGCACAAAGCCUCCUUCGUGCUGCCGCGCUUUGCCCAGCACAUCAACAACCUGGAAUAA